AUUUGAUACUGUAUUAUCACCCAAAAAAAAAAGGGUUCAGUAUGACAGAGUUUAGCAGUAUACCCAUUAAUGUCUUUACGUUACCAACACCUGUAGAUAUAACACUAACACCCUUUUGGACAACAGUCUUACAAUAUGGCAAUUUUUUACUACAGAAAUCAUCAACACCAGGAAACCCAUUGUUUAGAAAUCUCAUGAGUACUAUCGCAAGUGUAUUUGAUACAAAACAGCCACCGUAUCGAAUCCUAUUUCAACGAGAAGUCAACACGGUCUGUUUACAGAUAGCAGUCGCAGACACUGAACAAGCGAUACGUACGGCAUGGACUUGGAUAGAAAGAAAUAUGAUCCCUGAAUUAGAGAUGAUAGAUCAUCCAAUCGAUAAAGAACAUUGGGUAUCUGAAAAGAUAAACAUGAUUGUCACUGCCAUAGGUUAUUAUACAUAUAAAACUGGUUGUUUAUGAUGCUGAUACAGUGAUAUAACAUAGAUUCGGGAACGGAUGAGCUCUCUUCUGAUGAAAAUGUUAGAAACGCAUCAAGAUCAUUUAGGCAAAUAUUCGAUAUUCCCCCUUCUGAACGAUUUGUAAAUUGUAAAUACUUCUCUUUAUUUUUAUUUUUUU